UAUAAAUUAUGAUUCUUACCAAACUCUUGUUACACAAAAACCCAAUUCUCAAUCAAGAAAACUAAAAAAGAAUGAAGAAAUAUGCAGAAAUAUCACAUUUCAGCCACCCUCAACACAACCUCAAAUUCGACUACACAGAGAAACCCUUCAAGUGUGAUGGAUGCAACGAAGUUGGUAUCGGCUCUCGCUAUCGCUGCUCCGGUAAUAAAAAUCAUCAUGGAAGCUGCUGCGACUUCGAUCUCCAUGCGCAUUGCGCGUUACCUUCAACCUCCAUAACACAUCCCUUUUACAAAAAGUGUACGUUUCAGUUUUUGGCUCAGCCGCCCGGGAACGAGAGACGGUACUGCAACGCGUGCGAGAAAGAUGUGUCUGGAUUCCUUUACCAUUGCAAGGCUUGUGGGUUUGAUCUUCACCCUUGUUGUGCUAUGCUUCCUAUGGUUUUGGAUGAUGGAGAUACCAAACUUUUUCUUUAUCGUAAAGUUAGUUCUUCUUGUCAUCGAUGUGGUAUUAAAGGACGUAGCUGGAGUUACAGGUCGUCUUGCAAGAAGUAUAAUCUCCAUGUCGCAUGUGUAAGAGAGAUGUUGGUGGAGAAUUGGAGAGAGUUGUACAAAGGAGAAAAUGGUAAAGGCAUUGAACGUAAGAGUUUGGCCUUAAAGAACACACUUGAGCAUCACCACCGUAGUAGUAGCAAAGGUAAAGUUCAGAAAUGCUGCGAGAUUGCGGGAAUGGCCGUGCAGUUUGUCAUUUCCGCGGUGCUCGGAGAUCCAACGACCCUAAUCGCGGGGGUUGUAGGCUCUCUUAUUUCUCGAGGAUGAUUACCCUUUCAAGGGUAUUUCAGUUUGUGUGUUAUAAACUCUUAAUUAGGAUAAUGUGAAAGUUGGUACUGUACAUUACUUUAUAUCCUAUCAAGUUUCAAGUUUCCAUAAACCAAAAAAGUCUAAUGUUAAUAGAAAAACAAAUUGUGUAAGAAAGUUUAGUAAAGAUAAAAUGUGUGGUUUGAUUGAACAUUUAAUGUUUUA